UUGAUUGCUGCUGAAGGCGUUGAUCAAUUAUCGACUUCCGAACUGAUUCAAGUUUCUCAGUCUCGAGCACUGCGUACCGUCGGUGUCUCUCCAGCACGUUUGCGAGAACAAUUGAACACAUGGAUUCAACUGCAUUCCAAAGAAGGAGUCUCUGGGGUUUUAUUGAUUCUCAGUCGUGCCUAUGGUCUUGAUCGUGAUCUUGGUGGCAAGGGUACUAGCCCUGAUGCGGAGAUUUGGCGUAGUUUGGAAGCUGUGUUGAGUGGCUUGCCGGAGAACUUGCUCAACGAAGCCGAGCUCGCUGUGGAAUCUGAUGCUGCCUCGUACCAGAAGAAACUGGAAGUUAUCAAGGAACAAGAAGAGCUUAUUGAGGACGAAAAGGAACAAGAGCUUAAAGAGGAGGAUGCAAGACGGAAGAAGAGACAAGCUGAGGAGAGAGCCAAGC